AUGGUGGAGAGUUGCCACGCAUAUCAUGGCCAGAUAAAGGAUGGUUUAUUUCACGGGCACGGUACAUUAUUAUAUUCAGGAAAUGAGAAGUAUGAAGGAGAUUUUGUAUUUGGGAAGAGAGAAGGUAACGGACGUUUUGAGUAUGCAGAUGGAGCAACAUAUCAAGGUAAAUGGGUAGAAGAUAAGAUCCAUGGUCAAGGUGUAGCUGUAUUUGCAAGUGGUAAUGUAUAUGAAGGUCAAUGGGAUACAGGAAAGAUAUCAGGAUACGGUAAAUUAAAGUAUGCAAAUGGAGAUGAAUAUGAAGGAGAGUGGGUAGACGGUAAGAUGCAUGGAAGGGGUACAUAUAGAUAUAAAGAAGGAGAUGUAUAUACAGGAGAAUGGCGAGAUGAUAAGAGACAUGGUAAAGGUGUUGUUGUAUAUGUCGGUGCUAAAGGAGGUGUUAUUGAGAAGUAUGAUGGAGACUGGGUCAAUGGUAAGAUGCAUGGACAUGGGAAAUAUACUUAUUCUGAUGGAGGAGAAUAUGAAGGAGAUUGGGUAGACGGUAAGAUGCACGGUAAAGGUAAAUAUAUAUUUCCUAAUGGAAAUCAAUAUGAUGGAGAGUGGGUUAAUGAUAUGAAAGAAGGAUACGGUGUAUUGACAUAUCAUAACGGUGAAAAAUAUGAAGGGUACUGGAAAGCAGAUAAAGUGCAUGGAAAAGGCACUCUAACAUAUUCAAGAGGAGAUAAAUAUGUUGGUGAGUGGGUAGAUGCAAAGAAACACGGUGAAGGAGAAUUAAUAUAUUCAAACGGAGAUAGAUUUAAAGGUGAAUGGGUUGAUGAUAGAGCAUGUGGCUUCGGAGUGUUUCAAUAUGCAAACGGAAAUAAGUAUGAAGGUCAGUGGGUAGAUGAUAAAAGAGUAGGCCUAGGAACAUUCUAUUGUGCUGAAGAUGGAAGCUGUUAUGAAGGAGAAUUUGUUCAAGGAAGAAAAGAAGGAAAUGGAACGCUAAGAUUUGCUACCGGUCAUCAGUUAGAAGGUGUAUGGGCAGCCGGUCAGCUCGUCCGCGUUACUGCGUUUAUGUUUUCUCCAGAUUCACGGUGGCUUAAUCCAGAUCUUUAA